CCCAAUGACACAGGGCACAGCCUAGGGAAGCAGGGGCAUGACAGAGCUAGAGGUGGAGAAGCCCCUCCUAGUUGUUUGUAGGGGAUUGGGUAGCUAAAGGAGCGGGCAAAAGUGACGUAGGGCAGGAUAAAAGGGGGGGGACUGAGGUUGCCGCCCCCCACUCCAUUUUGUAGCAGCAAAGGAAAACUCUGCUUACCAUGGAGGUGAACCAGGAGCUGGCUGAUCUGGUCAGGAGAUUCCGAGACGCAGCUUCUCAGCAGGAUCCAGGAUGGCUACAGCAGCAGCUGCAGGAUCUUCUGGGGAGAGGUGAACCCGCACGACCAGCCACCCGCCCAACCCGUCGAACAAGACCCCCAGCACGGCUAAGCCCCCAGGGCACUGGAGGAUUGCGGAGUCGAGCCAGGAGGAUCAGUGCAAGCCCAAGCAGGGGAGGACUGACGCUCCGAUCCACGGUACCUGCUGCCAAGAUGAAGCCGACGGCAGCUAACACGCGUCGCAGGGGCCCAGGAAGCAGGCAAGUAACUGAGCCGCCAGAUCACGUGACGCAGGCAGCAGUGAGAGGAAGGAGGGGUAGAAAGCCUGCUCCUCCGGCAGCAGCGUCUGCAUUAGUUACGGAAGACAGGCAAAGGGCUGUCUCCCCCUCCUCUCCUCCAGCAACAAGUUCAGGCCCAUCCAUCAGGCGUGUAUGCGCCCUCUCACCGCACGCAGCUUCUGCGGUGGAGGGAGGGGGGAGGGGGAAGGAGCCCGCUCCGCACACAGCAGCAGCAAGGGAAGAACAGAGAGUAGGGCUCUCCUCCUCCCCUCAUUCAUUAACCAUCACGGGCACAGGAAUUGUAGAGGGAUGCGACAGCCCCCAACACAUGGCAGGGGGGAGGAGGGGGGAGAAGCACACUCCAAAAACGGCUGCAGCAACAGCAUUAAGGGAUGAGCAGCAUGGAGAGCUUUCCCCCUCCCCUCUUCCAGGAGCAGCCACAGCUGAUAUAGUCAGCAGCCCCAGAGCAUCAGUUCUCAUGGACAUAGAACGGGGGGAGCAGUCCAUUCCAUGUUCCCCCACACAUUCUAACCCCUCCCAGGCCUGUUCCACUCCCAGCCCUAGCACAUCAGCAAGGCGUCGGCUAAGCCGUGUUCGGCCAAGGACUUCACCACCAGUCAGGAAAAAUGAUUUUACCAGGCCAGGGAGGCCGGCAUCCAUGUCAACGGCUGGCCAGGCACAGGGUGGCAGAGUAAUCACAGCUCAGAUACACCACCGGGAGUCAGGAGAACGUAGGGUGGGCACGCCAACAGGGAGGCGAGGUUGGCGUCAGGACCCAACUUCCGCACGUAGAAGCACUGUAAGGGUGUCCAGACAAGGCAGGGAUCCCAUCACCCCCACAAGGGAAAGGUCACCGGCUCCCCGUAAUAGAAGCCGUUCAAGAAGCAGGGAUAAUAGCAGGAGAGUACGGCGGGAGCAUAGCCAUAGCUCUGUCAGGAGCAGCAGGAGGGACGUCACGGCUCAAGCAUGCUCGCAGACAGCUCGAGUCAGUAGGUGGGAACGCAGUAGUAGGUCUCCCUCUAGGAGUUACUCGCACAGGGAGGGGCACUCUUGCUGUCAUUUUUCUUGCAGGAACAGCCCAAGAAUGUCUGAAAGGGAAGCAUCGCGAGCAAGGAGCGUAACGUCCAAGGAUGGGACACGGAGGAGGCGGUCCACCAGCCAUGACAGAGUUCAACCAGACACGGUUCAAAAGCAACAUCCCCCCAGGAGCAACAGGAUGUCGAGCAGCUUGACGGCCCAGGGCGCAGCCACGGCCAGUGGGCCUGGAGGUGGCAAAACCAUGGUAUGGUUGUUGGGACAUUCGUUCAUCAGUCGGGCCAGAAGGAGAGCCGCAGUUCUCCAAGGGACCGCAUUGCAGCUGGGCUUUCCGGAGGACCGCAUCUCAGUCAAAUGGUUUGGUUUUCCUGGUCUAAGAUGGUCAGGAGUAUGGCCUACCCUAGUCAGGUUGGCCAAGGUGGAACAGCGUCCGGAUAUACUGGUAAUACACGUUGGGGGGAAUGACCUGGGCUUGGUUGCACAAAGGGAUCUAGUCAUCAUGAUGAAGCAGGAUGUUGAUAGAAUUCGGUCACUGUUCCCCGGCAUAAUAUUAGUGUGGUCAGAGAUAACCCCCCGGUUGGUAUGGAGGUUUGCACGGGACAUACCAGCCAUAGACAGGAGCAGGGGGAAGGUGAAUAAAUUACUCUCAAUCUUUAUACGUAAGUCAGGUGGCAUAGUUGUCAGACAUAGGGAUCUAGAAAACAAAACAAAGAGUUGCUUUUCCACAGAUGGGGUACACCUCUCCGAUAUUGGUAUGGCUCUCUUUACUUUGGCCAUCGCAGAAGGGAUUGAAAGGGCCCUGGAGUUUUGUUUGGCGGUGCGCGGUGCUCUUAAGGUGUCAAGUGCACGCGCGGGUGGCGGGAUCAUGGAGUCCAGGAACCAAUAGGUGUGUGAGCACGGGAGUUGCAGGGUUAAUGGGUAGCUGGGAGGCCUGUCACCUCAGGGGUAACAAAACACCACACGAAUAGCAUUUGGUUGGGUAGCAGAUGGGUUACAGGCUACUAUGGCAGCUGGCAGCGCUGUUGCGUUGUGCAGUUAUAAAGUUCUACUACAAUACGUAGGUAUUCAGGUUUACUGUUUGUUAUACAAAUACUAUUGUGAUCGUAUGCUAUGUUAAUAUGUUAUCAUUUAUAGUAGUGUGUUUUGUACUACAAUACUACUUGUUAUAAUAAAAUUGUUCUGCGGCCUUUUCAUCCAAAAAAUGAUUUGUUGUAUUUUAUUAAAGGGGGACUGGAGGAAGGGGGGUUGUUGGUUAGCUGGUAAGGGCUGAUACAGGUACCGACCUUGCCUCUGUCAAGUAACCCAAUGACACAGGGCACAGCCUAGGGAAGCAGGGGCAUGACAGAGCUAGAGGUGGAGAAGCCCCUCCUAGUUGUUUGUAGGGGAUUGGGUAGCUAAAGGAGCGGGCAAAAGUGACGUAGGGCAGGAUAAAAGGGGGGGGACUGAGGUUGCCGCCCCCCACUCCAUUUUGUAGCAGCAAAGGAAAACUCCCACCCACCCUCCCCUAUAGAUAUUUGAUUGGAUAAGGAUACGGCGGGAUCAUGGAGUCCAGGAACCAAUAGGUGUGUGAGCACGGGAGUUGCAGGGUUAAUGGGUAGCUGGGAGGCCUGUCACCUCAGGGGUAACAAAACACCACACGAAUAGCAUUUGGUUGGGUAGCAGAUGGGUUACAGGCUACUAUGGCAGCUGGCAGCGCUGUUGCGUUGUGCAGUUAUAAAGUUCUACUACAAUACGUAGGUAUUCAGGUUUACUGUUUGUUAUACAAAUACUAUUGUGAUCGUAUGCUAUGUUAAUAUGUUAUCAUUUAUAGUAGUGUGUUUUGUACUACAAUACUACUUGUUAUAAUAAAAUUGUUCUGCGGCCUUUUCAUCCAAAAAA